GGAAAUUACGUCACCGGUACGGCAGCCUUGAAGCGCGAACCGUUGAAAAGCCGGAUGAGAGAGAGAAAUUAAAUCUCGAGAAGUGUGUUUUGGUUUGAAUUAAAACUCAUUUAACACACAGCAUCCGCGAUGAGCUGUUGCAGCACUAGCGUGCGUCAGAUCUCCAUUGCCUCUGAGCCUCAUCACACGUUUUUUCUCAAGCUAGAGUGGGCUGAGGAUCUUGGUUCUGGCUUUGUUAUCCUUCUGUCUGAUGGCAUCUCUGCAUGGAGUGGUGAAGUUUCAGAGGAGGAUGUGUCCCGUGAAGCCCAGGAGAUGGAGAUGGAGCGGGAGAGGUAUGUUGGUGACCUGCACCUGGCUCUGACCGGAGAGGGACCGGCAGCGGAGGGGGAAUACAGCUUCCACCUGACACCUGAGAGACCUGGCCGCCCCCUGCUGCAGCUGUCUUAUGAGAAGGUGCAGAACGACAUCUCGUUCAGGCUCGGUGUGGUGGAUCUGCAGGCAGUGCCUGAGCCCACUGAAGUCAUAAGGGAGCUCAUUAGGCAUGGCCUGGAGCAGAGUACACGUCUACAGGCCAAAAACCAGCACCUACUGGAGGAGAACCAGAAGCUGAGGAGAGAACAGGAACAUAUCACCAAAGAGAUGCAAAGGUACGUCCAGGGGAAGGAGAGGUUGGAGAGAGACUUGUACAGCCGAUUUGUGCUGGUCCUAAACGAGAAGAAAGUCAAACUCCGAGACCUGCAGAAAAGAGUCAAAGAGCUGGAGGAAUCUGUUGAAGAGAAUCGACUGAGGAACAAGGCAGAUAGUGAAGACCACAAGGCGAUGGAGACUGCAGCAGGUAAGAGUCCUGAAGAGAGUGAUUAUGGAGGCAGUACAGAAGAUGAACAGGAGGCUGAACCCAGACAGCCAGACCCAAGGCCUCUUACACAAGGUAGUUCUUCUAACUUUACCCAGUAAUUCAAAUUCUGUCAUUAUGUUCUUCCAAACUUGUAUUCCAAACCUUUUUCCCCCAAUGCAUCAGCUAAAAAAUAUAAACCAUAUACUGUAGGUAAGGUUGUCAUUUCAGGUUGCCAUUUUUCAGUGAACUACUCCAGUGAGCCACAAUUUAAAGAUGCAAAUACCUUUUU